GUGUGAAAGUCACAGAUUUUUGUUGAAGUUUAAGAGAGACUUUGUUGUUUGACAUUAUUUUAGACAUUUGCUUUAUAAAAAUGGCAGCUCUUUUUGCCUGCACAAAAUGCCACAGCAGGCAUCCCUUUGAUCAGCUAUCAUCCAGUGAACAACUGUGUAGAAAAUGCCGAAACUACCAGCCAGUUGUAAAGUGUUCAUUGUGCAGAGAUGAAUUCACACCAGGAGAGAAAGGAUCCACCAACAACAACUGUCGCUACUGUACCAAAAACCUCAAAGUUUAUGGUGAGCCAGCAGUGUGUAGAUUCUGCAAUUUGACAGCAGCUUUUGUUGACCAUAAGUGCCAGAGGUGCACAGCAUAUGAGAAGAAGUAUGGGACACCUGCACCGUGCGAACAGUGCAAGAUGAAGUGUGCAUUUGACAGGACAGACAAGAACAGAGCAAAGGUUGAUGGGCGACUCCUGUGCUGGUUAUGCACUCUUGCAUACAAGCGUGUGAUUACCAAGGCCCGGCAGCGACAAGAGGAGAAGAAACAAGGUCUGCGCCCCAAUCCAAGCAGCUACGAUAAGUUAGAAAAAAUAUCAAAAGAGGACAGUAAUGGAACACCUGCCAGCCGAGAUAAAAUAUCACCGUUUGAGAGCAAUUCUCAGUCAUCUAUAAACGCACAACCUCAGAAAGACUCCUUGACAAUGUUAAAUCUCUCUGUUGGAGAGAAGUCAACUCCUCCGUCAUUUGCGUCAUCAUUUGACUUUCUCCGUGAACACAAGGAAGAGAAGAGCAAUGACUCUUCUGAUGUGAAGAUGAAGCAGGAAAAUAAAGAAGAGUCUCACAAACAUAGGCAUCAUCAUCAUCAUCACCAUCACCAUAAGAAACAUCAUAAAAGAUCUCAUAGUCCAAGGUCCCCUAGCAAGCGACCAAGGUUAGAGAACACUGAUUCAAAUGGCUUGCCAGGCUCUCUGACCCCGAACAAGACGUCAAUGCUGGCAACUGAGAAGUCUCCAGUGGACCCAAACAGCUCGGAGCAUAUCAUCGCAAUCAACCGGCUGCAAGAACAACUCAACAACUUGAAGAAACAGCUCUCAAUGAAGGACCAGCAGCUCUUAGAGAAGGAGAAAAAAAUGACAGAGAUCAAGGCCUCUCAGUGGGAGAAUGAAAAAAGUUUACGCACCAAGCUGACAGAUGUGACGAGGAAGAAUUUGGAGUCUUUGGAGAUAUUACAGGGAAAAAAUCGUGAACUCGAGAAGAAGAAUCGAGACUUGAGCAAGCAGGUUCAGCAACUGUCCAAGGGGAAGAAAGCUGCGCUUCUCUCCUCUGCAAAUAACUCACAGAACAACAGCCCAAAUAUAAGCUCAUAGUUAUUUAGACCUUCUGUUAAGCCAGUUUCAUUUAACGAUUUUAGUUGCAACUUGGAAAUCUUACAUCUUAAUGAAAAGUCCCUAUGGGACCUAUUUGGUUUAAUCCUAUUAAUUAUGACCGUUUGAAAUACUUUGACAAUAGGAACAAUAGCUGCCAUAAAAGCUCACAGCCCAUGAUGAUAGGGCCUGUUCAGUAGGUGGUAUAUUUCAGCCCACAAGGCAAAAGUAGCAGUAACUGUUGUAAUUGCCAUGCAUUGGUAAACCCUUAUACAUAUGAGCCACGUGGAACAAUUUCAGUUGCUUCUCUUGAAACAUCUCAAACUUUAAAAAAAAAAACUAAAACAAAAGGUUAAAUAUUUUCUUUUAGAUGGUAAGAUUUAUUCAAUUUGUCUUGGAACCUUUCCUCAAUUUGUUCACCAUUUCAAUUGUUGUGAACUUACAUAAAAGAUAACUAGACAGUACUUAUUUUGAGAAUUUCAUGAAGCAAACUAACGAGAAUACAACCCUAACAAUUCCAAGUCACAACUAAAAUUGUGUAGAAAAUUGGUCGCUGACACAGUGUUAGUGGAGUUUUGUGGCAAUAAAGGACUGUUUAUAUGUGUCCAUUAUAAGUAUAAAAGUCAGGCAGUAGAAAGUGUGCGUCUCUUUUUGUGCUUCUAUUGUUAUAAAGCUCUUGUACGUUCAGAUAUUGUAUGUCAUUGCCAUCUUCAUUUCGCUGUAUGGUCAUAAUUAUAACACUUUGAUUUUCGUCCGUGGGUUUACAUGGAAAUUAUUCUACUAGAUCGAAGAAUAUAUGUAAUUGAUAUUUUAUUGUUCAUGCAUGGCAAAGUUUGGCAUGCAAAUAUUGGAAAGACAAUUUAAGUUAAUAUGCUAGCUUUAUAUCUUUUAACAAUGGCAUUUGAUUUGUUGAAGAAAUUGCACUUAACCAUGUUAUAAUACAUGUAAUUAUAAUUUAUCUCAUUUCAUAAAAAAUCUGUCCAGUAGACUGCAUAUAUAAUCAUAUUUUAUUGAUUAGGAUAGUGUUUAAGUGAUGUGUUCAAAAUUGUAUAAAUUUGUUAAAUUUUGAGUCGCCUGCCAAGCAUGUAAGACAUGUAGGGAUUACUUUGUCAUGUGUUAUUGUCAUCCUCAUGUUCACACUUUGAUAUCUUGUUGACACGUUUUGAACUUUUUGGUGCAAAGUUUUCAAAUGAUAUACUCACAAUGGUCAUUGGUCAGUAGUUGACCCCUAUUGAUUUUGGGAUUAUAGUGACCUUGACUCGAAAAAUGAUGACUGCUCAUAGCAGGCGACGCAUCUGAUGUAUGAUAAUCUUGUUCCGAACAUAUAUUAUAGGAUUUUAGGGUUAGUCUUUUUUGUGUCAUGUCUUUGUUAUAAAAUACAUGUAAUGGACACCAGGCUGAGCCAAUUUUUUAAAAUAUAUUUUUAUGCGGGUGAAUUUAAAAAAAACAUUUGUUUUUAAUAUAUAUUCAGUAAGAUGUAUUCUAUAUUUUAAAUAUACAUUUUAAGAAAGCUUUUUUUGUAAAUGUUUAAAAGUAUGAAGUAUGUUUUACAUUUUUAGCAACAAUUCUUGUUAAACUUUGUAAAGUGGUGUCUCCUAUUUGAAAUGUAUGUAAAAACAUUCUUUAUUUUUAGGGGGAAAAAAUGUGACGCCUGUAAAGCAUCGCAGACAUGUUUUAUGUCCAAAAAUGUAUUUUUAUUUUUUCAUCAUGUAAGCUCUCACCAAGCUAGGAGAGGGUUUUAUGGGUUUUUUUAAAAAGUGAAUUUAUAAUGUAGAUACUUAUUUAUGUGAUUUUAUUUUGAUUUAUGUCUUGUUCAAUACAUUCAAUUAUUUAGGGUUAUACCUAAUAGGAAAGAAAGGUUGAAUAAAGUUCCAACUACAGUUAUUGUAAAUCUCAAGCAUUGCAAUUUGUUAAAAUAUUUAUCUCAAGCAUUGCAAUUUGUUAAAAUAUUUAGAAGUUUUUGGAUUGGAAUGGAUUGUUUUGAAGAAGAAAAUUUAUUUAUUUGACUCAGUUAAAACGAAAGGUGUCCGGCCAAGGUGUAGAUGGUAUAUUUUGGUGAAAUAAUGACACCAGAGCAUAUUUAACUGAAAAAAAUCACUUUUAUUGACAAUUAUAAGAGGUUUUUGAGUUAAAUAUGUACUGGUGUUAUGGUUGAACAAAUAUACACCACUUUUACAUUGACUUGUUCUGGCACCUUUGGUUGAAGCAUUGUAGGUUGUAAAACAAUUAAGUGAGUCAUUUUGAAAGCAGAUUUGAAUGUGUUCAUUGAACUCACAGAACUCAAUACUAAUGGAAGGAGAGUCCCAUGUAUAGUUUAGUGUACAUAUAACUUGGGCUACAUUUUUGCUGUGAUCAAAUGUAAUAUAUAUUCUGAACUAUUUAAGGAACAUUUAAAGGUAAGUCAGGUGCAAAUAAAACUUGGUCCGUCAAUAUAUCAAGACAAAUUCUUUUUAUAAUUGCUGCUUGUUUGCCAACAUUUCAUUAUUGUUUUAUGUUAAAUCGAAUAUACAUUCUAUAGAACAUAGUCUUUACAAAUUGAACUCUAAAAAGCCAAGAAGCCCCUUUAUAAACAAUGCUUGCAAAUGCAAAUUCCCUUGUAUGUUAAGAUAAUGUAUGUUCAGGAAAACACUGAGAACUGGGACGCAGAACAAGUUGAAUCACUUGGGCUUUAUUUCCAUUCAUUGUUUUGUAAUGUACAUCCUGCAACAUAUUGCGUUAACCUGAUGUAAGAAUGUAGUUAUUUAUACAACAUAGAUAAGUGUAAGUGCUUUGCAAUUAAGAGAGAGAGAACAUGUUUGAAAUUACAAUUUUGGCAUUAUGCUUUAUAAUACAAAUUCAAUGUUUAAUGUUUUGAUGGUUGUUAAAUUGUCUUUAAUGUUUAAGUUUUAACCAUUUAUUGAUUUUCAUCAGCUUAGUUAACUUUUGCAUUUGAGCUACUUCAAAAAUCAAAAUUGUUGUCCUAUAAGUAGGUGCUCUUGUUUAAAAUGACUCGAUUUAAUCUCGUAUAUUAAACAGUUUUGCUUGAGUAGCAGCAGUUUUUAUGACUGUGUUAAUAAUUUAAUCCAACAAGAUUGAAUUAAAGCAUUUAUUGUACUAACACACAUACAUAUAUGCUGCUCCAUCUUUUAUAGCAUAAUAUACAAAUUGCACAUGUACACAUAUAGAAGAGGUCAUAUGGCAAGUACCAUUUCAAUCUUUGAACUUUCUGACAGUGGCCAAAACUGCAUGUUAUUACUGACCAAAAAUAGGAUCAAGCACAAAACAAUCGAAAUAUUAUUCACACCUGUGGACCAUAUGUAUGAAAUAUUGAACACAUUGUACAAGAAGCAUUUCAACAUCUUACACGGUCAUCAGUUUCAUAAAGAAAUAUCAAAUUAUUGUGCCAAAACUGUAUCAAUACUGUUAUGUGAACAUAAUCUUUAUGGCAGUAGAAUCACCAAAUUAUUCAAUUGCAAUUUACUUCUCUUUUUUGAGUCAUAUUUCAUUUGAGUCACGACCAGCAGGGCUAGGUCUUACUGUAGGUAUGAAGAAAGCUGGGAAUAUGAUGUAAUAGGGACAAAAACAAGGAUGGUGUAAUAUGAUUUUAAAGUCCAUCAUACUUUAAAGGUAGUUUACACCUUCUAUUAGUGAAUACAUGUAAUAGCAUUCAUAUGGUGCUCAAAACAUUUAAAUUUCUACUAUACUCUGCUUUUCAUCAGGUAGACAAGAGUAUACUUAAUUAUAGGUGCAAACAUUUCAUUGUUUUACGUUCCUUUAAAGUUUUAUUCAUCUCAAAUUUUUAUGAUUAUAACUAGGUUGAAUGCUUUGUCUGUGAAAUAUUUUAAAGAACAAUUUAUAUCAUUGGUAUUUUAUUGUGUUUGACUCUUCCACAUGUUAUUUUUCAAUUUGUGAAUAAAAAAAUAUUUUCAAUUUU